AUGAAAAGCAGUGCAAUAAAAGUAAACAAAGCAGUGAAGUGUCAGCUCGACCAAGACUCGAGUCGAGUAGAGCAAAGUACCAGCUCGAUCGAGUUUAGGGACGAGUUGAGACAAACAAAGCUAAAGCUCGAUCGAGUUGAAGCUUGGCCGGUCGAGUUGAGGAACUCGACCGGUUGGUCGAGCUGGUCUUCAAGAUGGCUUCUCCCUUCUUCCUUUGCGUAUCCAGUUGAGCUGCUUCCAUGUGCCAAGUCCCUCCAUGCUCCUUGUGUCCCAUAUGCUCCAGAAUGCUCCAAAAGACCUAUUUCAAAGGACCAAACAUGCAUAUUACAUCACCGUGAUCCCAGAUUCACUUCAGAGUUUUGGAGAGCUUUUCAGGCAGAGAUGGGCACUAAGGUGCAUUUGAGUACAGCUUAUCAUCCGCAGACAGAUGAUCACCUGAGCUUAGUUGAGUUUGCAUACAACAACAGCUUUCAGGCGAGUAUUGGCAUGGCUCCAUUUGAGGCUUUGUAUGGGAGGCCAUGUAGGACACCCCUAUGCUGGACCCAAGUGGGGGAGCGCAGCAUGUAUGGAGCUACUUAUGUUCAGGAGACGACAGAGAAGGUCCGUGUGGUGAGGCUGAACAUGAAGGAGGCUCAGGACAGGCAGAAGAGUUAUGCAGAUAGACGCAGACGAGAGCUUGAGUUUCAGGUGGAGAUAGAGUUUAUCUCAAGAUGGCUAUGUUGA